UGUAGGCAGCCUCUUAUGUGCCCCCCUUUCCCCCCCCCCACAGAGCAACAGACGGUGGUCUUGCUUCCAAGGUCGUCCUCCGCUUCCAAGUCAUACCCACCCAUCCCGGUGGAAUCCCUGGAAGAGGAAUACAGGGUUCGGUCAGCUGAUGACGGCAAGAUGUUCCGCGAGGAGUACAACUCCCUGCCCAGCGGCUUCGCCCAGGGCACGUACGAGGAGGCUAACAAGGAGGAAAACAAGGAGAAGAACCGCUAUCCCAACAUCCUUCCAUUUGACCACUCGAGGGUGGUGCUCUCUCAGACAGACGGACAUGGGAGCUCUGACUAUAUAAAUGCUUCAUAUAUCGAUGGUUACAAGGACACCAAAAAGUUCAUCGCGGCACAAGGCCCCAAGCAGGAGACGGUCGCAGACUUCUGGAAGAUGGUCUGGGAGCAGAAGGCAGCCACCAUUGUGAUGCUGACAAACCUGAAAGAGAGGAAAGAGGAUAAGUGUUACCAGUACUGGCCGGAGCAGGGCUGUUGGACGUACGGCAGCGUGCGUGUGGCGGUGGAGGACUUCACCGUGCUGGUGGACUAUACCAUCAGGAAGUUCUGCGUGCAACUUCAAUCCACUGAUGGCAGUAAGACCCCCCGAUUGGUGACCCAGCUGCACUUCACCAGCUGGCCCGACUUCGGGGUCCCCUUCUCCCCUAUUGGCAUGCUCAAGUUCCUCAAAAAGGUCAAGUUGGUGAACCAGCCCUCCGGAGGACCCAUCGUGGUGCACUGCAGUGCUGGUGUGGGUCGGACAGGGACCUUUAUCGUUAUCGAUGCCAUGAUAGACAUGAUGUACGAGGAACAGAAGGUGGACGUCUUUGGCUUUGUCUCCCGGAUACGGGACCAGCGCUCCCAGCUAGUGCAGACGGACAUGCAGUACGCCUUCAUAUACCAAGCCCUCCUAGAGUAUUACCUGUAUGGGGACACGGAGCUAGACGUGUCGUCCCUGGAGGGCCACCUGCAGAAGUUGCACAGCACGUCGGCGCCAUUUGACAGGGUAGGGCUGGAGGAGGAGUUCAAGAAACUGACAAACAUGAGGAUAAUGAAGGAGAACAUGAGGACGGGGAACCUUCCAGUCAACAUGAAGAAGAACCGCGUACUUCAGAUUAUUCCCUAUGACUUCAACAGAGUAAUUCUGUCCAUGAAACGGGGCCAGGAAUUCACCGAUUACAUAAAUGCAUCAUUCAUAGAUGGCUACAGGCAGAAGGACUAUUUCAUUGCCACCCAGGGGCCCCUGUCCAGCACGGUGGAGGACUUCUGGAGGAUGGUUUGGGAGUGGAAGAGUCACUCCAUUGUCAUGCUGACCGAGCUGCAGGAGCGGGAGCAGGAUAAGUGCUUCCAGUACUGGCCCUCAGAGCACAGCGUCACCUAUGGGGACUAUGCAGUGGAAAUCAAAAGUGACACCCACUGUGACACCUUCAGUCUGAGGGAUCUGGUGCUCACGUACAACCCGGACAAGCAGACACGCCUGGUCCGUCACUUUCACUUCCACGGCUGGCCGGAGAUCGGCAUCCCCGCCGAAGGCAAGGGCAUGAUCGAGAUCAUCGCCGCGGUCCAGAAGCAGCAGCAGCAGUCUGGCAAUCACCCCAUCAUUGUUCACUGCAGUGCUGGGGCUGGCCGGACGGGUACAUUCAUCGCACUGAGCAACAUCCUGGAGCGGGUCAAGGCUGAGGGCCUUCUGGAUGUGUUUCAGACUGUGAAGAGCUUGAGGAUGCAGAGACCACACAUGGUGCAGACUGUGGAACAAUACGACUUCUGCUACAGAGUGGUACAAGACUUUGUUGACAUUUUCUCUGACUAUGCCAAUUUCAAAUGAAGGAAUCUGCCUUAAACCCUUUGAGUUGUUCAGUUUUGUUUUGUUUUUGUUUUGUUUUGUUUUGUUAAUUAAAAAAUGCAAGUUGGCCAAGAUGUAUUUUUUCUUAACUGGAUUAAAUGAUCAUAUAUUUUGCUAUGCACUUGUUAUUAAUGUACCUUAAAUGCAUUACAAAUUGUAUCAUACUGUGUCAUAGGCCGACUUAUGUUCUUCAAUUGAUAAAAGUUGUAAAAGCACAAAAAAUUUGAAAAUGUAAAUGUUAUAUUAUUUUGCAAUGCAGUCAUUAUACACCCUUCCACUGUAGUCUUUGUAUAAAACAUUACUAUUUGCUUUUAUUGUCUAUUUGUUUUGUUUAUCAUGCUUUAAAAUUUGAUUAUGCCAGAUUUAUUUCAAAGCAAAUUUACUACAAAUGUACUUUUUAUGAUGUAGGUAUUGUAAAUGUAUUUAUUUACGGUUUCGCGCAACAUGAUGUUGCGUUUUUGAUUUUCUUUCACUUUUAUUUGUGUAGGGGCAAAUUAUUGAGUUGGAGGAUUCUGCUUGAAAAAGCAAGAUUCGGGGUCUUUUGUUUUAAUGCCAAACAUAAGCAACGCCAUUACCUUUCCUGGUUGACAAUUUUUAAUUUUGAUAUACAUUCUGAUUAAAUGUAGAACAUAAAAUACAUAGUUAUGCAUUUUCAGUUAGUAAAAAAUUUGUGCACACAUUAGUGUAAAAGCAACAGUAAAGAUAAAAUGUGAGAGGAAUAGAAAAUCGGCACUGUAGGUAAGCAGAGAUAUUUAAAACUGUUUAAGAAUGUUAAACUUACAUUUAGUUAGUAGGGUACUUAGGUAUGAUAACUGUACAUACAGAUGGAUCUCCUGAGCACGAAAAUGGAACAUUUAUUUAUGAAAAUGUUAAUUUGUACAUAUUUUAUUAUAAUGCAAGGCAGCCAGAAUUAAGUUGUGCAGCUCCUAAGUAUAUCUGUGUUUCUAAACCGUUGUGUUUAUGUUAACAUUUGUGAGGUCGCAUGAAGCAAUGCCCGAAUAUUGGUCGGAAAAUGUUUCUGAUCAAACGAUAUUGGUCACCGAGUGACUUCAGCCGAUGCACAUAUUUGUAGCAGAAACGCAAAAGCUGAAUUAUUUAAUUACUAAACCAAACGGGAGAAGCACAAGCGCUAGCGAAAACCGAGACGCAGACGUGAUUUAGCACAAGGAAUCAUCGCUUUUACAGCGUUCCGUGCCAGUCCCUCUUCAUAAAACCAUUAGUUUUUCUAAAUGAAUUUAACUGUUUACUGGCAUUCUUAUUCCAAGUGAACGAAAUGCCAGUCAUAAAAUACAACAGUUCAUAGAAAUGGUAUUUUUUUGAUUCGUACUAUAUGGGUUAUGAAGGGGGUAUCUAUACGCCGCUUUGAUAAUUUUUUUUUUACAUUUCUAAAAAUAUCUACUUUCCAAGAGACGUUCACUGUAGCUGGUAACCAACGCAAAGCUGAUUUCGGCGAAGGUUCCAGAUCACGGUUAUGUUUCAGAUAUUAUUUGCAUUGCUGAUUUUGGCUGCAGCAACAUGUUUACGGUUUUAUUUUGCUCAUUUUUUACGUUGUCAUCGGAUGUCAUUAGAUUUACAGUGUCUUUGUACAUGCAAUAUUAAAUACAUUGGAGAAAAA